AGAACGAAUACACCAAAAUGGCGGCCAAGAAGGUAGAUGUUGUUGUUCAGGAAGCUAAGACUUCUUUUGAAGAAAAGUUUAAGGCUAGUCCCUCGCUCGCAGUUUGUGCACCAGGGAGAGUAAAUCUUAUCGGGGAACAUACAGAUUACAACGAUGGCUUUGUUUUUCCCAUGGCCUUAGAGUUGGUGACUGUAAUAGUUGGAAGAAAGAAAGACGGUAAUAUCUGUCAGUUAGGUACCAGUGCUAAAGGUGCCGACGAGCCAAAGAUGAUAACGUUCCCUGUUCCAACAAAAGAUAGUCCCUUAGUGCCUGGGAAGCCGUCAUGGGCAAAUUAUGUCAAAGGUGUUAUUGCUAAUUUUCCAGAGCGAAUUCCAGCUUUUGAUGCCAUGAUUGCGAGUUCUGUUCCUCUUGGGGGAGGACUAUCUAGCUCUGCUUCCCUUGAAGUUGCCACAUAUACAUUCCUAGAGCAGCUAAGUGGGAAAGAAGAAAAAGAUUUAAAAGCAAAGGCUCUGGCGUGUCAGAAAGCUGAGCAUGAUUUUGCUAAUAUGCCAUGUGGAAUUAUGGACCAAUUUAUCUCUGUUAUGGGCAAGAAAGGCAGUGCUUUACUGCUUGACUGCAGGUCUAUGGAGGCCAAACUUGUACCAAUGACAAACCCUGAUUUAGUUGUUUUGGUAACCAACUCUAAUGUGCGGCACGAGCUGACAGGAAGUGAGUAUCCAACAAGAAGAAAACAAUGUGAAUCAGCAGCAGCGGCAUUAGGAAAACCAAGUCUACGAGAAGCUACUAUGGCUGAACUGGAAGCCAACAAAGGUAAGCUGGAAGAUGUUGUGUUCCGACGGGCACGGCAUGUGAUUGGAGAAAUACAGAGGACUACUGAAGCAGCAGUGGCAAUUGAAAAAGAAGACUAUGAGAAAUUUGGAAAGCUGAUGGUGGAAAGCCAUAAUUCCCUACGAGAUGAUUAUGAGGUCAGCUGUGAAGAACUUGAUUUACUGGUCAAACUUGCUCUAGAGGUUGAUGGAGUAUAUGGUUCCCGUAUGACGGGUGGCGGCUUUGGUGGGUGUACUGUUACUCUGGUGAAAAGGUCGUCCGUUGACAGUCUUAUUAAGCACAUCCAGGAGGGGUAUGGUAACAAGGCUACAUGUGUGGUUACCAGUCCAGCUGAUGGCGCCAGGGCUCUGAGCCUUUAAUGUAUUAAUUUGUUGUAUUAUGAAGCUCAAGAAUUCAAUUCAGUGUUUCAAAUUUGUACUCAAAUAAUGUAUACAUAAUAUAUGUAGAAUUGAUCGGUGGUGGAAAGGGGCAACUAAUAUUUUUUGAUAGUCAAUAGGUUUGUUUGUUUCAAUCAAGAGGAAUUUGCCAGAAGAAUUCGGCCUUAGCAUUUUCUAUUACUAGUUGUACAGUGGUUUUCAGUUAAAUGAUGUAAAAACAAAACCAAAGUAAUCUCUCUGUCCAAUCACAAAGGACACGGACAAUCCAGUGAAACAAUCAAAACUUGAAGCGAAUACAGGUAGUUGACAGAAGCGUGGGAAAAAGUUCAUGAGUGUUUUGGUUUUACUUCUGAUUGGAUGGGAAAGUGGCGCGAGAUUUUUAAACCAAUCACAAAGAGCACACAGGGGGUAGUAGUGCAAAACCAAAGCAGAUGCGAAUUAUUUUCGACGCUCAAGUGAAAGCCGUGCUAAUAUCUACUAGUUAGGCAACGCUUUUGAGUGGUAUACCAUGGAAUAUUCCACGAGUCACUUGUAUUUUCUUAGUUUACACACGACCCAUUUUUGAACAGCUAGAUCGAUACUUGAAUCCGUAUUGCAUCGAAGGACAUCUGGAAACUAAAUCAAUCGUCCAACCCCUCCCCUCCGGAAUUUUCCGGGUCUUUGACCCCCCUCCCCUCCGGAGUUUUCAAUUCCCUCCAUGGUGGGCGUAUGGAUAUUUUCUAGAACCACACGUUACAAAUUUAGAUGUAGAUAGUAGGGAUAAUAGGGAAAUUUCCUCGGAACGUUUCCGGAAAAUCCGAAAAUUGUUGUAUUUCCGAAAUGCAAACCAUUCAACCAAAAGUUCUCGAAAUUCCUGGAAGAAAAUCAAAUGUAAUGAAAAUCCCCGGUUAGAGAUUUCGGAAAAUUUCGGUAUACCUCGCAAGGCCGUCUUUCCCUCUUUCCCGGAAAUUGUGGAAAAUGCUGUUCCAUUCGUUACUGGAAAUUUCCGGAAAUUCAAACCGGAAUUUUUUGUCAAACGGAAAGCGCCCAU